AAUUUGUUCAUCGUGCGAAAAAAAAUGAAAAAAGGUGAAAUUUUGCAAAUUUUCAGAAAUGUUAAGGGUGCGUACACACAAAAACGCCUGACGCUCACAGCAAUAUACUAAACUUUUCAAUUUUUUCUAAAAAUUAAUUAAAAAUCGACGUAUUUCUCUCAUUUUUGAUUUUAAUUCACUAGAAUGUUCUUUAAAAUUUAAAUUUAUAUUAUAAUUAAGUAAUUAAAUUCAAACGUAGACUAGAAUUUUUCAGUCAUCUUUGCGUAUUAUGUUUUGGACAAAUUUACGUUUCGCAUGACUUUUAUUGUGAACGCACCUUGUUGAUUAUUUUCAUCUUUUGUGUUUUUAUUUUGGUUUCAUUUUUCGCGAAUAAACUUGAAGGAAAAUAUUUCUGUAAAAUAAUAGUUAUUUUUGCUUCAUUAUGAGUAAUUGUUAUAUAAUUACGAGUUACGUUGUCGUUGUUUUAAUUCGGUACGUUUUCGAAUAAUAAUAACCUUCGAAUAGUGAAAAUCCGCCGGAUUGAAAGAUAGAAUCCAAGUCAACAAGUCAACUUCGCCAAAUCGCCGGUAUCUACUGAUCUCCGUCAACUUAGAUUUUCUAUGUAACCGUGGCGGCGUCCUUGUCUGCAAAUAAUGGCAACCAACAACAACAACAACAACAACAACAACAACCCGGUCAAUCAAAAUGAAAAUCCAUUGGUUUUCUACUCGAGCCAUGAGGGCACGUUGCAAGAGUUGGCUUGCGUUGUAGCAUCAGCUUGGUGUUAUUGUCAAAUGGAAAAAUCCAAGUGUAGGAGUGUACCAUCUGAAAUCGCCGAAAUCGCCUCGUUGCCUACAGUUCUCCGAAAAAUGAUUAAAAAAUGUAUCCUAAAGGUAAAAGUUUCUUUCCGGAAUUGGCGCCAAUAUCUUGGAGAUUUUAUUCUUGCACAUCGCGAAGGCGAGAAUUUUCCGAUCGACUUUGUGAGUUUCGUGUCAUGGCGGGCUGAUGGAUCAAUCAACGAAGAUGGAACGGCUGCAAAUUUGAUGCAGUGCGAUUUGUUAAGUCAGAUGGAAAAGUAUAGAUUUGCAUGCAUGUUCUGUUUGGUUGACGAUGUGAAAAAAUUAUGGCCGGUGGAGGUAGAUGCCAAUGAUCCGUUGAUUGAGUAUUGGAAUUAUAAAAUGGGUGGCGAGCAGUUCACGUUUAAUGUGGACCCAGAGUUGAGCUGUAUCGAGGCUUCUUUGCUGUUACGCAAUGGGGAUGUUAAUUAUUCAUCAGCGUUUGAGUAUCUAUGGGGAUUUUUGACCGACGACGAACAAGUCGAGACUGUCGAGAGUAUUACACGAAAAAUAAGUGAAAUCAAUCUGAAAUGUGCGUUGCCUAAAUUGAGCUACAGUCAACUGGAGCGCGUGAUGAUGUCAUAUGCCGUUAAUAUUUUUCGCGUAUUGUGGCUCGCAUGGACAGACGAUAUGCUACUUUCAUUAUUAUUCGACCCGUUGAAGAACAUGAUUACACCCGAUGUCUUCAAUGAAAUCAUCAUCAGAUUUUUAAAUUAUCACGGUGAAAAACUGGCCUACGAAAUGUGGAUGAGAGCGCCGGAUGAGUUGAAAAACCACCUACUGGUGAAUAAUUUCAAAAAUCUACUGAACGCUUCAAUCCAAGAGGAAAGAUUGUUCCUCGAGUUAUUAAUGACUACUGAUGACGUUGAUACUAGGUCAACCAUCUGGCGAGAAAAGUGGAGGAAUAUAUUGGAUUAUGUGUCCCUCAGCUAUUUGAAAAAAAUCAUGAAAUUGUGCCUCAGCAGUGAGAAUGAAAUAGCAUCAUUCAAGAGAACUCACCUGAGUAAUUAUUCCUCGAUUGAAAGGUACUGCAAAAGGAUGGUAUUACGAGAAAAUUUUGAUGAACUGAGCGAAUCAUUGCAGUUCUUUUUCGAUGACCCAAAAAUUAUUUUCAAUCUGAAGAAGAAUAUCUUGAAAUCGCAAUAUUUGCUAGAUCAUUAUACUCAUACUGAAUUUAGGCGUCCCAGGAACAUGGACUCUUUAGUAACGUUUCUCAAUGAGACAUUUCCCGAUAUAACUGAGCGCCGAGAAUUUGAAAGAGAUCUAAUCAUGAGCGAUGAAUCGUUGGCUCAUUUCAGAUCGGCCAUGCAGAAUGAUUGUGAUUUGAUUGAUGGGAUUAAACGUUUUGUUUCCAAUAUUAUUUCCUCAGAUGCUGAUUUGGUCUCGGCUAAAAGAAUGUUUUGGACGUUGAUUCAAGAGAUGUUGAUUUCUGGCGAUUUUAAAAAAUUCGAUCGAUCUUCAAGAAACGAUUUCAUCAAGUGGUGUCUGCACGACGAUGAUGAUGCGUUAGAUACCCUAAUAAGUUCUUUACGUGUGAACUAGAUUUGGCUAGUGAACCCCUCUCGUACAGUUCCGUCCAUCUGAAUUCGAUUUUUUCAAGUUUGACCUGGGUUCUCGAGUGGCUGGUACUUCAUUGGGAUUUUAAUUGAAAUUUAGAACAGAUCAAUGCUUUCGAAGUACCGGUUCAAUUUUAUUAAUUUUUUAUUUUUAUAUAUUACUUUUAAGAUGUUGAUUAGAAAGGUCCUGUUUGAUAGAUCAGUCAUCGAGUUAAUUUUUUGGGCUCAGAAGUCUAUUGAAAAAUUGAAGAUGUGAUCUCGAGAUUUUGAAAGAAAACCAGGUGUAAAUUUGUACUGUAUCUUUAUUGAGGGAAAAAAGUACAUUCUCUUGGGUAAAAGUAUUCGUUGAAAUUUAUUUAUUUUUUAAAGUUUGUGAAACAAACAUUAAAUUUUUUUAAAGCAAGAUGUGUUAAUUAUUUAUCCAGCAUGCAGCCUCUCGUUUUGAAAUAAGUUUGUUACCAUUUCUCACUUUUAUGUUUUUGAGAUACUCUGUUAUCCUUAUCUACUUUGCUUUCUGUGAAAGAUUUUUGCUUAUUUUACAUUAUUUUGUUUUCUGUGAAAAAUUUCUACUUAUUUUACGUUGUUGUUUUGCUCCUGAUUAUUAAAUUAAAAUGUAGAUACAUAUUUGUUGUCAAAAACAAGUGAUAUUUUAAUAAGUUAUUUUUGUAAACUGUUUGGAUGAGUUGAGAAUGCAGUUUUUAAU